UGCUUCAUGUUGGCUAUUUGUGACGGAAUCAGAGGUCACGUUUUGACAUUUUCAACCAAUUUUUGCAUCAGUCAUGGUAUUAAGAGAGCCGCUUCAUGCAUGUAGAAGGCUGGUUACUAAACUUAAAAGUUUGGGAUCUAGCUCAGUUCCUAAGCCGCCUUACGAGUUUAUUACACAAGUAGGUGAUCCUGUGCUCAGAAAACGAGCAGAGCCGGUUGAUCCUGAACAGAUUAGGACUCCUGAUAUUCAAGAGGUUUUAAGCAACAUGAAACAUGUAAUGAGAAGAACCCUCUCAAUUGGAAUCUCAGCGCCACAAGUUGGAUCCUCAUACAGGAUUAUGAUGGUAGAAUUCCCGCACGCCUAUUUAAAACAUCUCUCCCGGGAAUUAAUACAGUCACGGGAAUAUAUGGUUUUCCCACUGAAGGUAUUUAUCAACCCUACAUUGCAAGUCAUUAACAGUUGGAAGAUUUGGUUUCCAGAAGGGUGCGAAAGUAUACGUGGAUACAGUGCAGAUGUUCCACGACACUAUGAAGUAAAAAUAUCAGGGUUAAACGAGAAAGCCGAACCCCACGAGUGGCAAGUACGUGGUUGGCCAGCCCGGAUAAUCCAGCACGAGGUGGACCAUUUGGAUGGUAUCCUGUACAUAGACCACAUGGACUCGCGGACCUAUCAGUUCCACUACUGGCAAGCAAUCAGGAGGUUGCCAUCGUAGAAGAUUGAAUAGUCUUCCUUUUUCUUUUUUUCGCUAUUGGUGAGUGUAGGGUCCUCCUCGAUGUGUACGCGAUAAUAAAGUCAGUAAUAAAGUAAAUAGUUACGUUUUC